UGACCACCUCUCCCUUCUCCUCUUCUUGUCUGUUCCCUCUCUCUCUCUCUCUCUCUCUCUCUGGGGUUGCUGGACCGUCUUCCACCCUCUCCCCUCUAUAUAAGCUCGUAUCGGCAAUUCCGAUUUGCGAUCAUUUGGUUUCUCUCUCUUUUUCUCUCUCUUCCUUCUGAUUCCACGAGGUAGACUCUCACCGCGGGUUCAGGUACACGUUUGCUCUGUAUUGUGUUUCGAUUCACCUGCUUGUGAUCUGGAUCUGUUUGAUUGUUCGUCUGCGUUUCCGAUUUGUUUCGAAUUCGAGGCAGUUUGCGAUUUUCCGCCAUUUUCGAGGUGAAAUGCUUUGAUUUGUCGUGUGUUGGAAAGCUUGAAGCUUUUGAUUGUGGCUGCAUUAUGUGCGAGUGAGGGGGUUUGUUCUGUGGAAUUGCUAGGGGCUGGCGUUUUGAUGGAUAUUGAGAGUUUAGGUGUUUUACGGUAUCUUUGAGUCUACAUCAUGGCCACAGGACAACUAUUCUCCCGGACUACACAGGCAUUAUUUUACAAUUACAAACAACUUCCUAUCCAACGGAUGCUUGAUUUUGACUUUCUUUGUGGGAGGGAAACUCCUUCGGUUGCUGGUAUUAUAAAUCCUGGUGCUGAGGGUUUUCAAAAACUCUUUUUUGGACAAGAGGAAAUUGCCAUCCCAGUUCAUUCAACCAUUGAAGCAGCUAGUGCUGCACAUCCUACAGCUGAUGUUUUUAUAAACUUUGCAUCGUUUAGAAGUGCUGCUGCUUCAUCAAUGACUGCUCUGAAACAGCCAACCAUUAGGGUGGUGGCUAUAAUAGCUGAAGGUGUUCCUGAGUCAGACACCAAGCAGUUGAUUGGGUAUGCACGGGCAAACAAUAAGGUUGUUAUUGGUCCAGCAACUGUUGGAGGCGUCCAGGCUGGGGCAUUUAAGAUUGGUGACACUGCUGGAACAAUUGACAAUAUAAUUCAAUGCAAGCUCUAUAGGCCGGGAUCCAUUGGUUUUGUCUCCAAAUCUGGUGGCAUGUCUAAUGAGCUGUACAACACAGUUGCCCGUGUAACAGAUGGAAUCUAUGAAGGUAUUGCCAUUGGGGGAGAUGUGUUCCCAGGUUCCACUCUUUCUGAUCAUGUUCUGCGAUUUAACAAUAUCCCACAGGUUAAGAUGAUGGUUGUGCUUGGGGAACUUGGUGGCCGAGACGAAUACUCCCUAGUUGAGGCCUUGAAACAGGGAAAGAUCAAUAAACCAGUGGUUGCUUGGGUUAGCGGAACUUGUGCACGGCUUUUUAAAUCAGAAGUUCAAUUUGGUCAUGCUGGGGCCAAAAGUGGCGGUGAGAUGGAGUCUGCACAAGCCAAGAACCAAGCCCUUAGGGAUGCUGGAGCUGUUGUUCCCACUUCCUAUGAAGCAUUUGAAGCUGCAAUCAAGGAAACAUUUGAGACACUUGUUGCACAGGGGAAGAUUACACCUGUAAAGGAAGUCAAGCCUCCACAAAUCCCUGAAGAUCUCAAUACUGCUAUUAAAAGUGGGAAAGUUCGUGCUCCAACUCAUAUUAUCUCCACCAUCUCAGAUGACAGAGGCGAGGAGCCAUGCUAUGCUGGUGUCCCAAUGUCCUCCAUAGUUGAGCAAGGUUAUGGUGUGGGUGAUGUUAUUUCUCUAUUAUGGUUCAAACGCAGCCUUCCCCGUUAUUGUACACAUUUUAUUGAGAUUUGCAUCAUGUUAUGUGCCGACCAUGGUCCUUGUGUCUCUGGUGCUCACAACGCUAUAGUUACAGCAAGAGCUGGAAAGGACCUUGUUUCCAGCCUUGUCUCAGGUUUGCUUACAAUUGGUCCUCGAUUUGGUGGGGCCAUUGAUGAUGCUGCUCGAUAUUUCAAGGAUGCUUAUGAAAGGAAUCUUUCACCUUACGAGUUUGUUGAGAGCAUGAAAAAGAAGGGCAUCCGCGUACCUGGAAUUGGACACAGGAUCAAGAGGGGGGACAACAGAGACAAGAGAGUAGAGCUGCUACAAUUGUUUGCACGCACACAUUUCCCUUCCGUGAAGUACAUGGAAUAUGCUGUUCAAGUGGAAACUUACACUCUCUCCAAAUCAAAUAACCUGGUCCUUAACGUAGAUGGUGCAAUCGGAUCCCUUUUCCUGGACCUCCUCGCUGGCAGUGGGAUGUUCACCAAGCCUGAGAUUGAUGAGAUUGUCCAGAUUGGCUAUCUGAAUGGGCUCUUUGUGCUUGCACGCUCCAUUGGUCUGAUUGGGCACACCUUUGACCAGAAGAGAUUGAAGCAGCCGCUGUAUCGCCACCCAUGGGAGGAUGUCCUCUACACCAAGUGAUUCAGAUUUCGCUGUUGAAUGCUGGUCUGCUUUCGACAUGCAAUUUUCCUUUCGAAGCUUUUGAGUCUGCACUCGUCCGGGAUGUUUGUUGAGUUAUUAGACUAGUGUUUGUACUGUUGUGCUAGAAUGGGGCAGGCUGAGCACCUUCUCAUUUGUAACCAAUUCUUAUUAUUAGAGAGUUCUCAUCAUUAAUUUAGAAAGUAGGCUCCCCUUUCAAUCAAAGCAACCAAGUUCUGCGUGUGAGGAGGAACAAGUAAAUGGCUGCUUGCCUGUUCUGUUGGGUGUAUAAUGUAUCUUCAGUUAUGCAAAACAAAUUUCAUCUUUUAUAUUCCAAAA